AUGCAACGUCAGGUGUUCAACCUUCAGGGGCUGGCAGGUAUCUUCAUACAGCUGAACACACGACUCUGUAGCUGGAAGUAUCGUCAACUACACAGUACUAUCCUCCUCACAUCUCGGAAGAACAAUGCAGCUAUUAACCAUUAUGAACGACCAAGUAUCGGACUCAGCGCCGCCAGUAGAAACCCUCACAUCAUUGUUCUCACAGCUAACAAUCUACCAAUCCGGCCAGGCCACCUUGCACGCGUUCGCCACUUAAGUUCAAACAUCCAUCAGGGCCCCGGAAGCAGCCCAUCGCAGUCGCCCCACGACGGCCCCCCCUCCAGCCGCCACUCGUUCCAGAGUCAAACGAAGUCGAACAGUCGAUUCACUUUGGACCCAAUACAUAGCCGCAGCACCAGCAGCAGCACCGGCCGCUCCUCCACCCGCACCAGCCGCACCUCCAGUUGCAGUGGCCGCUCCUGCAGCUGCACCGGCCGCACGCCGACGCUGAGCCGCACCACCGGCCGCAUCACUGGUCGUACCACCAGCCGCAUCACCGGCUGCACCACAAACCUCAAUUCCAGCUGCCCUUCCAGCAGUAGGAGCCCGGAGAAGUGCCAGGCUGUUAGGGAAACCUCAGUGUAGCCAUGUAACUUCUUCCCCGCAAAUUACCGACACUGAAGGUGACAGUGAGGAUGAGGAUGAGGAUGAUGGCGCUGAGUACGAUUU